AUGUAGAUGGCUACUUUCGCGGUCGAGAACGGCUACGCCGAGGCGAUCAUCCGUGGCUUCCGAGCCUCCUUCUUCAACGAUAACCAAUACACCCAGAUCAAGAAUUGCUCCUCCCUCGACGAGCUCAAAUCGGUACGCCUCCACCCAUCCUUCCUCGAAGAUACGGACUACGGAUCCUACCUCCUCACCGACAACCCCAACAUCUCAGUCUCCCUCAUGCGCUCCAAGCUGAAGCGCAAACUGGCCGACGAAAUCGAGUACGUGCAGACCAACUCCACCGGAUUCCUGGUGGACUUCCUCGACAUGAUCGCCAUCAGGUACCAGCUCGACAACGUGGUCAACAUCAUCGAGGGACUCAAGAACAAGGUAGACAUCGAACUGCUCAUGAGCAACAUCGACCCCCUCGGCUACUUCCCAGAAAUGAGGAACAUCAAAGUGCUCGAGGGCGACGACUACUCCGGCCUCUACAAGGACGUCCUCAUCGACACGCCAGUGGGACCCUAUUUCAUGCGUUUCCUCGAGGAGGAAAUGACCAAGGAGGGAGGAGACUCGCGCACGAUGAACGAAGUGCAGAACAUCUUCAAGGAACUAAAGCCAGAGUACAUCCGCACCUCCCUCAAGAAGCUCUGGCUGGAGGACUUCGACCACUUCUGCUCCAAACAACUCAACCCCACCUCAGCCAUGAUGCGGGACCUCAUCAAGUUCGAAGCCGACUUCAAGACCAUACAGGUCAUCUACAACUCCAUCGGCAAUCGCGAACUCAACACAACCGCCAAAGUUCUGUAGGCCAGGAAAAAACUUUGCCCUGCUCUCGGAUACCUUUACCCUGACUCCAAGACCGCGCUCCUCAACGCCACCAUCGAGCAGCUCAAGGAAGCAGUGAAGGGCGUUGCUGGCUACGCUGAGAUCAUCAACGAGUCUCCAGACCCAAAGAAGGAAGAUUUCUCAGUUGCCCAAAAGUCUCUGGACGACAUCAUGUACGACGAGGAGUGCAGGAGAUACGCCUUGGCUUUCGACCAGUGCAACCAAGUGGCGGUCUUCUACGCCUACAUCAAGCUGAAGGAGCAGGUAAUGAUCGCUUAACGAAGUAUCCGCAACAUCGUGUGGCUGGCCGAGAUGAUCAGUCGCCACUUGCCGAAGAACCACCAGGGCUGGCGUAAGAUAAUCGUGCCGUUCAGUCACUUGCAAUGA